UUUUUUAUAAACCACCUGUCACUUCCACAGAACUUCAGAGGAAAUACUGAAUCCAACAAGAGUUUAGUCAUUUACAUGCAGGAUAUCUCGUGUUGCAGCUGAUCCUUGUGUAGUCGGUAUCAAUGGAGGAAAUCUACAUCAAUGCAAAGCAUGAGAGUCGAGAGUCAAGAAUUUUAACAAAUCAGCCAGGUCCCAGGAGCUCUGAGAGGAGAUUUCAUGGAGCUGUUGUUCUCUCUCUGAGUCUGCUGAGUGUUCUCCUGUUGGCUGGGAUCAUUGUCCUUGGAGUCCACCUGCAUGGUUCGGCUGCAGAGCUCUCCAUUGUCAAAGCCAACCUGACUGAGCGUAUCCGGAUCAGUGAUGACAAGUUCUCGUCCCUGACUGAAGAGAGAGACCUGCUGAAAGCCAAGCUCGCUGAAACCACCAAAGAUUGGGACAGGCUUCAGAGAUUGUUCAAACGCAUGCAUUGUUCGGCUGCAGAGCUCUCCACUGUCAAAGCCAUCCUGACUGAGCGUAUCCGGAUCAGUGAUGACAAGUUCUCGUCCCUGACUGAAAAGAGAGACCUGCUGAAAGCCACGCUCGCUGAAACCACCAAUGAUCGGGACAGGCUUCAGAGAUUGUCCAAACGCAUGAAUGAUUCGGCUGCAGAGUUCUCCAUUGUCAAAGCCAACCUGACUGAGCGUAUCCGGAUCAGUGAUGACAAGUUCUCGUCCCUGACUGAAGAGAGAGACCUGCUGAAAGCCAAGCUCGCUGAAACCACCAAAUAUUGGGACAGGCUUCAGAGAUUGUCCAAACGCAAGAAAACGUGUCCUGAAGGAUGGAGGAUGUUCAGUUGUACCUGUUAUUUCAUCUCCACUGAGCCCAAGUCCUGGGAACAAGCCAGAGAGGACUGCAGAGCCAGAGAAGCAGAUCUGGUGAUCAUAGACAGUCCUGAGGAGCAGACGUUUCUUUCUGGAUUCAUCUCUACAUUCACUUGGAUUGGUUUGAGUGACAGAGAGGAGGAGGGGGUCUGGAAAUGGGUGGAUGGAACUCCACUGAACCUGACGUACUGGGCAGAAAAGCAGCCUGAUAAUGGUGGUGGAGACCCAAAGUUUGGUGAGGAGGACUGCGCACAUCUCGGACAUGAUGGGAGCGCACAUUGGAAUGAUAUGCCGUGUGGUUCUGUCUUGCGGUGGAUCUGUGAAGAAAUGGCAUGACACUGUCAAAAAAAGUUUUAAAGUGUGAGCUUUGAUAAUGCAAAGCUUUUUUAGUGAAGACUGCUCUUGUAUGUUUGUUAAAAACGUAGCUCUGCGUAUGUGUUUGACUCUGCUGAAGACUAUACUUUAUAUAUUCCAAUGUCACACUUUUCACUUUCUAACAUUGCAGCUUUAGGAUAAUAAAGAAUAACAAAAAGAAAAUAUACAUAAUUAUCCAAAGUAAUGUUUUUGGCUGGACCUGCCACGGUGCAGCGCGACAUCCUUGAAUGUCCGUGAGAGAGUGUUGGAGGCCGUAACACCUUCAGAAUGAUUUGGCACGAACAUUUUCUCUUACGUCAUCAGGAUUGUUUUACAGCGGAUCCACAACAGUUUUUCAUUUUUUCAUUCUUCACAUGACAUGUCGCACUCCGAGGAAGGUCUGCGCGUCUUCUCUCUUAACUUGCUGCGAGAUGAAUUUGGGCAUUAAACUGAAAACUGCUUCUAAUUUGGUGUAUUUGACAAGUAGAUAACUUUUUGAAUUCAGUGUUUGGAUUUUUGUUUUUUCUCAUAAAAUAUUUGUAGUUCUGUGAGAAAUUGUGCAUUUCCUGUUUAAAUUUUCUGUUUCUGUGCACAAGAGGACGAUGUUUAAAUGGAAGUGAGCAGUUGAUGGUAGAUAAGCUAUUCUGGCUCAUCUGAAACUUCCUCAAAGGCUAAACUUCAACACACGGCCCAGUGUUUGGUCGUUAUCCACUAAUAUAGGAUGACUGCACAAAAUUAAAAUGAACAUGCAGAUUCCUUUUGUUUAUUAUUUUGUAUUUCCUCAAUGCAUAUUCAUGACAUUCACAUUUUUUCAGUUCUUUUUCCUAUGUCUCAUUUUCAUUUUCUUUAUUUAAAACAUAGUAAGUUAUUGCUCUGUGCAUGGCUGGAGAUGGGGGGAAUAAAUAAGAAAAAUAAUAAUAAAAGUUUUUAUUCUGUAAAGCAGUUUGUGUCACAAGUUUUGUAUGAAAAGUGCAGUACUAAUAAAGUCUUAUUGAUUGCUCACCUGUUAUGUUGUUAUAACCACCUGUUA